GUGAAACAUUUGAAAGUAGUCUGUGUUUUUACAUGGUUCCAUCAGACCAGGGGCCACUGGCGUGCCCCUUCAAAAGGCAAAAUGGAACCUCGUCAUGGGAUUAUGAAAGCCUUUCCCAAAGUUAAAAGAGCCAAAGUGUUUCAGGGGAAGGAUGGGCCUCCAGCAAAGAAGAACCUGGAUGAAUGUGAAGUCACAGGAAGUAUUUUUGAUGGCAUCACAGUUUACAUUCUGCCAGCUGGCAUAGGAAAUGCAAGAUGCCAGAUCUUCCAGAGACAAAUUGAGCAGAACGGAGGACAUACAGAGAGUUCUCUGUGUCCCAGUGUAACUCAUGUCGUAGUGAAUGACGACAUGGACAGUGACAGGGCUCUGCGCCUCCUGAAGAUGCAGAGUAUGCCCUCUGGAGUCCAACUGGUGAAAUGCAGUUGGUUAAGCCUUUGCAUCAGUGAGAAACAACUUCUGGAUGUUGGCAGCUACAGCCUUCUUUUACCUGAAAGCAAAUCUGGAACACAACAUGCCAAUGUCAAAGAAGAAUUGCUGCAUGUCAAACCUGCAGCAGCAGAAACUAUUGUAGAGCCAGUCUGCGAUCAAACUAAGCAAGAGGAGGCUAUAGAUGAGACAAUACCUGAAACCACAGAGGAUGUGCGAGGAGAUGAGGAUGGGGUUUCUCAGGGUGACCUUGAAGCUCUCAUCACUGGCCAGCACCCCAAAGAGGAGACCCCUGGCCCCAGCAUGGAACCCGAUCCAGACUCUGCUCCUCAGAAGGUGGUCUUAGGGAAGUGGGUCUGCGCCCAGUCCUCUCAGUCCAAAACUAACAAUUUUAACAAGCACAUCACAGACAAACUCGAAGUGCUGGCCAAAGCCUACACACACCAGGGGGACAAGUGGAGGGCGCUCAGCUACUCCAAGGCUGUCAACGCACUGAAGAGUUACCACAAGCCCAUCACCUCAUAUCAGGAAGCAUGCCAGAUCCCAGGAAUUGGAAAACGCAUGGCUGACAAAAUUGAUGAAAUAAUGGAGAGUGGUCAUCUGCGGAAAAUAGAUCAUAUCGGGGAGGCUGUUCCUGUUUUGGAGCUUUUUACUAACAUUUGGGGUGCUGGAGCUAAAACUGCACAGCUAUGGUAUCAACAGGGAUUUCGCACACUGGAUGACAUCCGCACUAAGGCUCACCUAAGCCACACUCAGAAAAUUGGACUCAAACACUACGAUGACUUUCUGGACCGUAUGCCUAGAGAGGAAGCUGGCGCUAUAGAGAAAGUGGUGAGGCAUGCUGCCCUUGCCAUAGACCCAAAGCUGGUGGCGAUGGCCUGUGGCUCAUACCGGCGGGGAAAAGCCACAUGUGGAGAUGUUGACGUUCUUAUAACUCAUCCUGACGGCAAGUCCCACAAGGGAAUUUUCACCCAAGUGUUGCAGAUCCUUCAUGACAGCGGGUUUCUGACAGAUGACCUGGUGAGCCACGAGGACAAUGGGGAGCAGAAGAAAUACAUGGGUGUUUGUCGUCUGCCAGGACUGGGCCAACGCCAUCGCAGGCUGGACAUCAUCGUAGUGCCUUACAAUGAGUUUGCCUGUGCUAUCAUGUAUUUCACCGGCUCAGCACACUUCAACCGCUCAAUGAGAGCACUGGCAAAGACAAAAAGAAUGAGCUUGUCAGAGCACUCAUUGAACAAAGACGUUGUGCGUCAGGGAAGCUUGAAGGUGCAUGGUGGCACUCCACUUCCUACACAAACAGAGAAGGAUGUUUUUAGUCUUCUAGGCAUACCUUACAGGCAGCCUCAUGAGAGGGACUGGUGAUGAUUAUCCAUUCACUAAGCCUGUCAUGUCUGCUUUUAUUGAAAAAUCAUGAUCAUUUUGAUGGAAAGGGAAACCGCUUGCUGUGCUAACGCCAAUUUUAAGGAUGUGUUAAUGCUUAAAUGAUCAUGAAAGUGCCCUGUUUAACUUGAAUUUUUUUUUGUUAAAUCAAAAGUUCUACUUCAUUCAAAUCUCAGAAUCAGAUUUUUACAUUACUUUUUUCCCUCUAACUUUGCGGUAUCUAUAGCCUUUUACAUUUGGUUUAGUUUCUUUAGCAGCCCAUCACGUUUAAGCCGAGUAACUAUGAAUGUAAUUGAAAGAAACAUUGCUGUAAAGUUUUAUGAAUGUCAGUUUCAAGAACUUCCACUACAAGGCAGGGAGCAAGUUUUUAGGAGGGGAACCACUUCAACUUGCAGGAACAUUCAGGACUAUUUGACUGGCCACUUAACACUAGAGGGAAUUGUGAAAAUAUGUGGUGAACACACAGUCAACCGAUCCUUUUAAAUGUAUUUUUAAAAACUGAAUACUGGGCACUACUAUGAAUAAUAAAUUAUGCUUAUAAUAAAAUUGCUAAAGAGAAAAUGUCUA